CAUGGGCUUCCGAGUUUCUUGAUAAGCUAGGGAAUUGUAAGUGUAGAAUGACGAGCUACAGCUAUCGGGUUUAUGGAAGGUGCAACAGAUUGCUAAGCAAGUAUAUUUGUUGACGCUAUGCCUAAUGACUAUUAGAUGGGAUUUAAGACAUACUCGCUAUCUUAACCCCAUUCAAUCGUCUUUUUCCAUUGCAUAAUUUCAAAAAGUUGCACACGUAUAAAUUUCCACUUCCCCCCUCAUGUCUCGUGUAUUCCGCGGUUUUACAUCCACCAUCCCUAUCAUCCCCAGCAUCCCCAGAACCCAGCUACAGCACAUCAGGAGAAUAGCCACAAUGCCCGCAGUAAGAUCCGCAUACGAUCCCAAGGAUAUGCAGUUCCGCCAUCUCGGCCCAACCGGUCUGAAGGUGAGCGUGCUGUCCUUGGGUGGAUGGUUAACCUAUGGAGGCACCGAGAAGGGCGAGAUUGUCAAGAAAUGCCUCGAGACCGCCUGGAAUCACGGCAUUAAUACGUUCGACACAGCAGAGACUUAUGCCGCGGGAGAGUCUGAGCUGGAGAUGGGUAAAGCUCUGAAGGAACUUGAUUGGCCCCGUGAUGAGUAUGUUCUUACCACUAAGAUCUUCUUUGGCACCGGUCGUAAGGAACCCAACACGCGUGGGCUUAGCCGGAAGCACAUUGUCGAGGGUCUCAAGUCAUCCCUCGAGCGUCUGCAACAACCAUAUGUCGACGUUGUUUUCGCUCACCGCCCCGACUAUGCUACACCUAUGAGAGAAAUUGUCGAGGGCUUCACUCAGGUUAUUCGGAAUCUCAAUCUGGCCUACUACUGGGGUACGUCAGAGUGGAGCGCUAUCCAGAUCAUGGAAGCCACCCAGAUCGCAGAGCGAUACAAUCUCAUUGCCCCCGUGGUUGAACAGCCCCAAUACAACGCAUUUCACCGCCAGCGAUUCGAAGUUGAAUACGCACCGCUCUUUGAGCAGUUCAAGUACGGCGCCACAAUUUGGUCUCCGCUCGCCUCUGGCCUCUUGACAGGGAAAUACAACGACGGGAUCCCCGAAGGAUCGCGUUUUGCGAAGCACGGAGAAUUCUUUGAAGGCACCAUCAAAUCGCUACAGACGGAGGAGGGUAAGGCGAAGAUCGAGAAGGUGAGGAAGCUGACCGCAAUUGCGGAACGUCUUGGUGGAACUACUGCGUCCUUAGCGUUGGCCUGGACCCUGAAGAACCCGAACGUCAGCACAGUGAUCCUCGGCGCCACGAAAGUCGAGCAGAUCGAGGACAACGUCAAGGCCCUGAAGUUGUUGGAUAAGCUGACACCGGAUGUUCUGGAAGAAAUCGAGAAGAUUCUUGAUAACGCCCCGGCUCAACCCCCGAAGUAUGGGCGUGAGAGGUAGAAGGUCGAUCAAAUAAAAUACGACUAAAAAAAUGAUAGUCAGGCUAAUAAUAGAACUUCCUUACAAGCAC